AUGGACAAGAGCUUAAAAUCGGCUGGGGAAAACCAUCUCCCGUCAGCGCUCAAGUCCAACUUGCAAUUCAGCAGAGCAACGCAAGCAGGAACUCAAGAUUGUCCGGACAAGAACAUCGGGUUUGUUCACUUCCUGAGCAUCGCUAUCGCUACCAAGGUUGUCAAUACUCUUCCAACCGAACCUGCUUGGGCGGGGAAGCGUAUCAACUAUGGCAAAGACCGCUGCGCUUAUGUUCCUAAAUCCCAGCAAGCCGCAGCACAGGCCGCACAGGCCCGGCAGCCCAAUCUCUCUCCAUUCGGUGGCUCGUUCUCGCCUUACGCUGCGUUUGCUCCGGAUGGUAUGAACUUUGCUGCUGCCGGCGCUGCUGGAAUGGGCAUGCAGGGAAUGAACAGAACGGUGUAUUUGGGGAAUAUUCAUCCCGAGACUGCGACGGAGGAUUUGUGUAAUGCGAUUCGUGGAGGCGUGUUACAGAGCGUGAGAUAUAUGCAGGAUAAGCACAUUGCGUUCGUGACAUUUGUGGACCCUGCAGCCGCGUUUACGUUCUUCCAGGUGUCAUCCUACCAAGGACUGACGCUGAACAACCGGCGGCUCAAGAUCGGGUGGGGCAAGAAUUCGGGUCCACUUCCCCCGUCACUUGCACUUGCAGUCCACUCUGGUGCGACGCGGAAUGUGUACAUAGGCAACAUCGAGGACUUCGAAGUCUUCAGCGAGGAGAAGCUUAAGCGUGACUUUGGAGAGUAUGGCGAGAUCGAACUUGUCAAUUUCCUCAAGGAGAAGAACUGUGCAUUCGUCAACUUCACUAACAUCUCGAAUGCGAUCAAAGCGAUCGACGGAAUUAAGAACAAACCCGACUACGCAAACUUGCGCAUCGCCCAUGGCAAAGAUCGGUGUGCAAACCCACCGCGAUCAGGUCCUCAUGGUGGUGGUUCGCGGCGGUCAGCAAGCGGGAAUACUGCUGCUGCGGCGCACAGUGGGGGUGGAGAUACUGAAGAGGCAGAAGGAGCCGAGGAUGCGGCUGAUGGUGAACAGCCAGAGGAAAACGGAGUUGCGCCUAGCGAUGCUGAGCACGAAAGUGUGAAUGGCAGUAACUGA